AUGGACGCCAAGGCAGAGAAAAAUUAUGUGUUUGUUAAUAUUUGCAGGGGAAAGCUUCAGGAGCCUUUCCUACCAGUUCCGAGUGGAGUGUCAACCAUCCGGCAAUUCGUUCCUGAGACCUGUACAGCCAUUUACGAGGUUUUAAAAGAGAAAUACCUGAAGUGCCCAGACACAGUGGAAGAGUGGCAGCAAGUAGCUGAUGGAUUCCAGGCUCAGUGGGACUUCCCAAACUGCCUAGGUGCCCUGGAUGGGAAACACAUCAACAUCCGCCCGCCUCCAGGAACUGGAUCAACCUACUUCAACUACAAACAUACAUUUUCAAUAGUGCUAAUGGCACUGGUCGACAGCAACUACAAGUUCUUGUAUGUAGAUGUAGGUUGUAAUGGGAGGAUUUCAGAUGGUGGUGUGUUUGGUGGAUGCUCACUACAGGAUGCCUUGGAGAAUAAGACAUUCAACAUCCCUGCACCUGCACCACUUCCUGCUUCUGACCAGGCGGUUUGUUACCACAUUGUGGCAGAUGAGGCAUUUCCCCUGAAAGAGUACCUCAUGAAGCCCUAUCCGAACCGCAGGCUAGCUGUAGAGCAACGCAUCUUCAACUACAGGCUGUCACAGGCUCGGAGGGUGGAGUCGAUGCUGAAGGAAGACAAGACGAGACAGAGAGAGGAGAGCUUCCUGUUCCUCACCAUCAACUCAAUGAUGGAAGCUGCCAUGGAGGGGGAAACCUGA